UUAAUUGGCAGAGAAUCAAAUCUCGUUGUCCCACGGUACCCUGAGCCCCGUGAGUUCGCUCGCAGACAUAGUCGAAGCCAAAAGCAAAAGCGAGGUCUCUGCGCCUCUAUUCUUGUGUGCUCGGUUCCUUCUUGUGAUCCCCUUCCUUGCACUUGCGGGGGUGUUCUCCACUCCUCGCCCUCUCCGCGCUUCGCGUCUUCGGAAGUCUUGACGAGAAGAAGAGCGUUGGUUGAAGAAUCAGGCGCCGAAUUCGUUGUUCUUGAGAGGCGGUGGGCAAGAGGGAGGGGGAGAGAAUGUCGAAGAAGAAGGCUAGUGGCAACACCAUGACCCUCAAAGACUUCCAUGGAGGUUCGAUUCCCACUGAUCUCCCUCUCCCUUCCGCGCCCGGCGUAACCGGCAGAACUUCUGAUCGUUCUGUGUAUGACCGACCCUCCUCAUGGGGAAAUCCUAUGGUUCGGUCCGAUCAUCGGUCUCGCCCACAAACGUCUCCGGCUACUAUGCAUUACGAUGAUAAAACCCCGUUUCUCACCCACGCUGCUCAAAUUGGCCGGAAUUUUGAUGAAGAUGAGCGUAAGCCACUGGAUGGUAUCUCAGCCCCUCGGAGAACAGUCAGUGAUGACAGCGUUCGGGCUCCACCUUCUCGUGUUGAAAUGAAGCCUGAGUCUGGAGUGGGAAGAAGUUCCUUGAGUCGGCAAGUAGCUCCAGUGUCUCAAAAUUCUUUUGGCACUGUGAAUUCCUACUCCGCUAGGCUUACUGAGGCAAUUCAUGUGAGGGGGAGCUCUCAGCAUGUUGGAGGAGGUAGUCAGGAGCAGGGAACUGGCGGAGUUUACCCAAAUGUAUGGGCAAUGAGGAAGGAGGUGGCCAGUGCUGUUGAGCCAGAGCAUUCUGCUUGGUCCAGUCCUAAUGCAGUUUCCAAGUUGGCUCAUGCAAGUGCUAUUGAUAAGGUGUCUUCUGGUAGAUGGCAGUCGAAGACAGUCCACCAUCAGACAGACGUUGAGGUGGUUAAAUCAUCUGAAGUAGAGAGUGCAUCAUAUGGCAAUGUUACCAGUAAUAAUGCCUACGGCAGGGUUGAUGAUUUGGGUGAAAAGGUGUAUAACGAUGUAAUAUUAGCAAGACAGGCUGAAAAGGGUCUUGUUAUCGGUGACCAGAUGCAAGGUGGUAGAAACGAGUUACUGGAUUAUGAGAGGUCUGGGGCUUCCAAGUACUCAGAAGGACGACCAAGAGGUAUAGCUCAUCACACUGAUGUUGUUCAGCAGGAUGGCAAACUUUGUGCGUCCGAGUUUCAACAUUCAGUGCCUUCUGAACCAACAGAGCGACCUAAAUUGAAGUUGAUACCUCGGAGUGGGACAAAACCAUUGGAUAAUCCAGAAUCCCCUGUUUAUGAUUAUUUACAGGGAUCUGGUCGAUUUAGUGAUGCUGGGCAUGUUGAAACUGUUCAUCAGGUGCAUGCCCAUGCCAAUCUAAUGAAGCCUGUCUCAACUUUUAAUGAGAUUGGGAAGGAGGUAGGACAGCGUCCAAAGCUGAAUUUGAAGCCUCGGUCCCAGCCUCUUGAUCAGUUGGAGGGAAAUGUUGAUAGAGAGAGGAAUGCUUUAUUUGGUGGUGCUCGACCUCGAGAACUGGUUCUGAAGGAGCGAGGGAUUGAUAAUGUUGCCAUUAAGGAUUAUGAUGUGGCUGAACAUUCAAAUAGGGUUGAAUAUAAUAUUGGGAGGGCUGAGAAUGUUCCAGAUCGGUCAACCCAUGUUGAGAAAACCCAGAAUACCCUUCAUGAUCAAAGGGCCAUAAAAAGGCCGGAAAAGAAGGAGCAAAGGGUGGAAGCUGAGAGGGGCAAUGGGCAGAGGAGGAAUUGGCGUGGUGAUAAUCGAAGGAACAUGAGGGAGACUGAAAGGCAGCAGGUCUCUGAGAGGCAGCCUUCGCCUGAGACAUGGCGUAAGCCUGUUGAGGAGUCAAAAUCAUCUUCUGACAUGGGUAUGCGGCACAAUAAAGCAGCUUCAGCAGUUGAACUUGCCCAAGCAUUCUCCAGAUCCAUCUCUGAUCCGAAAGCAGAUGAUCGGUUUUCCAGUCAAAGGGGUCUGAACGGUGGCCGCGCACGGAUCCCAUUUUCACGGCUUGUUGGCCCUCCUGCGAGACCUCAGAUCAAUGGGUAUUGACUAUAUUGGCCUAGAGAGAAAUUGGGACAUCUUGAUCAGAGAUAUAUUUCCUGGAGACAUGGCAAUUGUUAUAUACAAGUGGCGAAGUUGCUGGGAACUUCUCUGGUUUUUAUUUUCUCAUCCGCAGACAUGAGUGAGAAAACAGUGAGAAAAUUAUUUGUUUGCUGGUUAGCAAACUCCAGAUAUGGCAUUGCCAAUUCUACAAUUAUCAUUUUACUUUGUUUCUGUCUUUUUUCCUUGCCCUUCACCAUAUGCGCCCAAUCCCAAACAACUGUACUUCAUCAUUAUGGAGGAGGUGAUGAAAGGGCUUUUGCCUACCUUAUUUCAGUAUUUAAGGUCUUUUAGGUUCUAGCAUGAUCUAUAGGAGGAAUGAAAUAUUUAAUUGAUCAUUUUAGUUUCUUCAUCUUGGGCAUGUGGAUGGUUUGUGCUUGAUAUUUCAGUAAGGAAGUUAUUAUCUAUCCA